AUGUCAACCUUUCUUGAUAAGGCUGCCAGCAAUGGGCGGUGGCAAUUCAUCGACUCUUCGAAGAAUAGGCGAACCAACUUAACCCAAGUGAAGCGUCACGUUAUGCAAGAAUAUAUGCGCCAGAAGAAAGGCGGCACUCGCCAAAGUGAAAGUGAAGAAGAGGCACCACAAGCAAAACGUGGGGAGCGCAGGAAGACUCGGGGUGCACAACGAAGGUCAGAGAAGAAAGCGAAUUCAGACGGUGACAACAAGAACAACGAACCCCGAGUGAGGAGAUCAACCAGGAUCCAGCAAGCUACACGCAGAGAAGAUCUCAAUGGUGAGGCUAACUGCGAUAUGUUUGUUUUGGAUUCUAUCUCAUCGGAUCCUCCGUUGAUUGAAUCUAAUGAUAUGCCUCGGUUUCCUCCACGGUCAUCUUCUGUCCAAUCUCACGAUGUUCCUCUUCUACUAGACGACUUUAUUGAUGUAAAUCCACAAAGUUGUCCGAGCUAUGAUCUACAUCUCAACAAUUUCUCAUGGCCACCACCCUCCAUGCUCCCAUAUCAGUUCGUGCCAUCGCCAACUACUAUGAUCAGCGAUGCGCAAUUCGACACAUUCAAUACUCUUCCUAUAGAGUUGGAGCGAGGUGCACACGGAAUAUUUGACUCCUAUGUGGACGAUAUGCCAGCCUCCUCCUAUGAAACCCAUUACCAGUCACCCAUGGCCAACGACUGUUAUACACCGACUUUUGUGUCUGGGAUAAUCAAAGACGAAACCCAAAAUCCCCUUGUUCAUAGCGAUCCUGCUGUCUCCGUGCUCCAGGAGCACCGCUCCGACAACCCUCACGAAAUCUCCGAUGAUGCAAUCAUUUCCUGUCUGAAUACCGCAGCCUUGGAGGAUUCUGAUCCCCGACUAGGCCACAAGGAAAUAAGCCAGGUGCACAUGCGAGACGCACGCGAGAUGACCAACUGGCAGAACUAUAUCUUGCCGGGAGAUGAGACCUUCUUCUAUGAUUAUGACCAACAUGCGCCAGCCUCAUCUGAGACUUUACCACCAGCACCCCAGCCCACUCUAAGCCCCCGCUCAAUGCUAUCUCCGCUAUAUUCCACCUCCUCGGGCUUCUCAGAAGUCAGCCCCGAACCUCAACCAACAUUCCCACCUUACUCAGAAGCGAUCCCAGCGGAUGAGAUCCAGUAUGAAGAAUUAUUCGACUUUCUCCGAUCCUGUGAGCAGCUUGCCGUAUAUUGA